AUGCAGCACCUAGCUGUGCUAUUUGCCCUAGCACUGAACUGCUUUGCCAGCCCAGUUGCCCAACAGGAAACCUUGCAACAAGCGCCACCCUCUAAUCUGGUUUCUUUGGCGUACGCCCUUGAUCUCUCUGCACCAGUAAGCGUAUCAGGAUUCACGUGCUUCCGACAAAAUCUCUACAAUGUAGUCUUUAUCAGAGGCUAUGCUCCAACUGGUUCCGGAACCGUCGACACGUACGCGUGCGCUAAUAUCCAAAACGCCAACAGUGCUGGACUCGGCACAGAAGUGUACAUGACCCCUCAGCCAAACUCUGCUAAGGGUGGCGCCCAGCAAUUCGACGAAAUGUACAAUAAUCUGCGAAACUCGAACAUCAACGUACGAUCAGUGUGGAUUCAGGUGACGUCACCAAUCAACUGGUUUGCGAGUACCACCACCAAUAUCAACUUCCUGAACAGUAUCUUGUCAAGAGCUAGCCAAUAUGGCCUUACUAUCGGAAUCUACACAAAUUUCUACGACUGGUCUCAAAUCACGGGUGGAGCGACGAUCAAUAACGCUAUGCUCUGGUGGGUAGUUAUUUGA